ACGUGAAAGGCGGAGCUCAGUUUCGUUUUUUGAUAGUAGGGAGCGGAAAAAAACAGAGAAACAGUAGCCGAGAGAUUGUAUGAAAGCACAAUUGUAAAGGAUAUGAAAAUAAUGGAAAUAGUUUCUCUUGGUUACAUUAUUUUCUAAGUUCUCGUGGCUCAGAUAGAAGAGUAAUCAAAGUCAGAUUACGAAACGGUUUUUAUAGCCACUCAUUGAUAAGGAAUUUGAUUCUUUAUUAAAUAAGUUAUUCCUUUUUUUGUAAUUGUUUUUCGAGAAAAUUAUUUACAACAAGAAAAAAUGCAAAAUUGAAUUGAUUUCAAACGAUAGACAAUUUAAUUCUCAUCUGAUAAGUGUCUAUAUCAACUGAUCUGUCUUUUCUGAUCAUAGUUACAAGUCCAGCUGGAAUUAUGGCGGUUAAAGUGUUAUCAGGAAAGGUUUUUCUCUUAAUAACCGGUGCAAGUCAAGGAAUUGGCCAGCAAAUUGCUGUAACUUUUUCCGAAUUAUUAAGUGAAAAUUCACAAAUUUUACUAUUCGCUAGAAAUGAAAAGGGAUUAAAGGAAACUGUCGAAAGGAUAGGCAAGAAUACUACAGUUAACUACGUUAGCAUUGAUUUAUCAUUAGCGAAAGCUAAUGAACUUACUGAAAUUAUAAAUAAAUAUGUGAAUCCAUUGGAAUAUGAUCGUGCAGUUGUUGUACAAAAUGCUGGUACGAUUGGAGAUUUAUCAAAAUCUACAGUUGAUAUGGACGAUUUCGACGUUUGGAGAAAGUACUAUGAUUUAAAUGUAUUUUCCCCAGCAGUGUUGAACUCUGUUUUUAUGAAAAUUUUUAACAACGUUAGAACUGAAAAACUUGUAAUUAACAUCACUUCAAAAUGUGGCAUUGUACCUUUUAAAUCAAUGGGAUACUACUGUUCUGGUAAAGCUGCUAGAGAGAUGUAUUUUAAAGUAUUUGCUGAUGAAUUUCCAUUAGUCAACGUUCUUAAUUAUUCUCCAGGACCAGUAGAAACAGGCAUGUUACGUACUGCAUCAGAAACAGCUUCUGAUGCAGACACAAAAGAAAUGUUUACUACGAUGCGACAAGAAAAAAGACAACUCACUACUGAACAAACAGUCAAUCGUCUUGUUCAAAUACUCAAAGAGCAAAAAUAUACUUCUGGCGAUCAUAUUGAUUAUUUUGAUCAAAUAUAAAUAUAUUUUUAUUUUAUUUUUAUAAAGUUUUACAUAACUAAUGUUAUGGAUUAUCAAUGAUAUUAAUCGUAAAAUAUUAUAAUAUAUAAAACAUUAAAUACUCAAAUAAUUUACAAAAUUGUUAUCAAAAAUUUGAUCGUGAAUAAUAUAAAAAAUUCUAUAUUAUCAAUAUAGAGUGUUGUAUCUAACUACUAAUCUUCUUGAAUUGGUUGAUGAUAUGCAGAGGGAUACUUAAUCAUUCUCCAAUCAAUGAGAAUUACUAAUAAUAUCAUAAUGAAGAACAAUCCAGCUGAUAAAAGAUAUGCUGGUAAAGGAUAUAUUGGUGGCAUAUAAUUUGAAUAUAUCACAGUGUACAAAGUGACACCUCCUAGAGGUAGUAAUGUCUCCAAGAAUGUAAUUAUUGAGAAUAUUUUACCUGAAAUAAAAUAAAUGUUAAUUGUUGAUUGUUCAUAAAGUAUAAUAAUAAUAAUUAUUAUUAUUGUUACUUGCUAUACUUUUAAAUGAAUGUACUAAAUUAACUUAAAAAUUAUAAUACGUAGUUAAUAGUACCGAUAUCUUCAGAAGGAGCAGAUGUAGACAAAAUUGAUCUAACUGUUGGUGAAAUUAUACCAGAAAGUGAUCCUGUUAUGCUUACUACGUACAAGUGCCAAGGUUUUGUGGUAAAAGCUUUUAUUAUCGCUGCUAUAAAUCCAGAUAAACAUCCCAUUAAUGCAUUUUGAACAUCUGAAAAACCUAAAAUAAAUAUAUAUUUUAUUAAACCAA